CAAAUCCAGCCAGCCAAAUAUAUAGAUACACCUUUUCCCUUGCUGCUUUCUUUCUUUGCGUGUAUUCCUAGUCUGCCAACACUUAAUUCUCGCACAGUCCGAACUACAGAUUAAUAUUUGUAGUCUGGAUCCAGCUGGAAGGGUUUGUUCAACAACCCUCCCACGGCAAGGUCACGGCAAUAUCGGUAUCGUUAAACUUGGCUGGUGAACCGGCACAAAUUCAGUUCACAAAAAGCAAGUGUGUCCAAUUUCAGCAGGUCUGGACUUCUGGACACGGACAAUAAUUAAUUUCUAGUCAAACAUAUUAUCUUAAUGUGACCUUCACUGCCAUCGUAGAGAAAUAAGUGACUUAUCAUAUUCGCAAGUUAGGUAACAGUGUGUACGUCGGUGCUAUAAAAUGUCUCACGUUAUAAGAUCCGUCCCUUCCGUAGCUCGCUGGCUCCCUUCGACGUCCUCAAAGUAUUUACGAAUUGGCCACCAAAUCGCGUGUAGACGAAGACUGUCCUCCAGAUCCGUUAUUACUGUCAUUGAUGUCCACCAACGAAAUUUUGCGUUCAAUAAUACAUCCGUGCACUCAAGAUGUAUUCAUUCCUCGGGUGGUCUACGAAAAGAAGUCAUUCCUUUCAAAUUGUCAGAUAUUGGUGAGGGGAUCAAAGAAGUUACUGUGAAAGAAUGGUUCGUAAAAGUAGGCGACAAAGUGGCGCAAUUCGACCAGAUAUGUGAAGUUCAGAGUGACAAGGCAUCGGUAACGAUUACAUCACGAUAUGAUGGCAUUGUUACCAAGAUUUAUCAUGAACUGGACGCAAUCGCACUGGUUGGAUCCCCUCUGGUGGAUAUUGAGGUUCAAAGCACGGAAACAGUUUCCGUUGAGCAGUUACAAGAGGUUCAAGAAGGUGACGCGAUUCAAAUCGGCCGUUCCGAUUCCGACGACAGUGUGAGUCUUCCUCCAGCAUCUUCGUCAGGCGAGAAGGCGCUGGCUACUCCGGCAGUGCGAAGGAUUGCCAGCGAGUACAAAGUAGAUCUGAAGCAUGUGCAGGGAACCGGAAAGGAUGGACGUGUCCUAAAGGAAGAUAUUUUGGCCUAUGUCAAUAACACCACUGCCCGUUCUUCCCAAGAAUCUCCAAGACCUGCUGUAUCAGCUCGUGCCCCUUCAGCAGCAACGAUCGCUCCUCCCACUCCUGCAGCUAUACCGGUACUUCCCCCAGUUAACAGGGCUCAACCUGACAGAAAAGAAGCCAUUAAAGGAUACACUCGUACCAUGAUAAAGACUAUGACUGCUGCUAAUGAAAUUCCUCACUUUGGUUAUUGUGAUGAAAUAAAUGUCCUCGAGUUGGGCAAACUUCGCAAAGAACUGAAGACAAUGGGGGAAGUUUACAAUGUUAAAGUAACUUUGAUGCCACUUUUUAUGAAAGCAGCUUCCUUGGCCUUGUCGAAGUUCCCCAUAAUCAACUCCACCCUAGACCUGGCUAAUGAUGCUAUCGUGUAUAAGGGUGCCCACAAUAUUGGUGUUGCAAUGGAUACAAAAUUAGGCCUGGUUGUACCAAACGUGAAAAAUGUUGAGAGCAAAAGCAUUUUAGAAAUCGCCAUCGACCUGCAAAACUUACAACAGAACGGCCAAGCUGGGGCAUUUAAGCCUGAUGACCUCAAAGGAGGAACGUUCACUAUAUCCAACGUUGGAUCGAUUGGGGGGACUUACACCAAACCAGUGAUUCUUCCCCCGGAGGUGGCUAUCGUGGCCAUGGGCAAAACUCAGGUUCUUCCAAGAUUUGACCGUGACGGGAAUGUAACGGCUGCUCACAUAAUCAACGUGAGUUUCUCGGCCGAUCAUCGCAUCAUGGACGGUGCGACGGUGGCACGUUUUUGCAACUUGUGGAAAUCCUACUUGGAACACCCAUCCUCCAUGCUUCUGUAUCUUAAGUAGAGCUUAGCGUUAUAGAGUAGAAGAAAAGAAAGAGAUCAACUAUAUAUUUGCUACAUAGAAGAGAGAAGACAUUAUCCCUUAAUAAUAGAGUUAGCCAAAAACUCCAUAAAAAAUAUACACUUCCAAUUUUAACUGGAUUAACAAAGAACAAUAAUAAAACCAUGACAGAAGAAUUAUUAAAUCAAUCAAGA